AUGGAAAUACAUGUUCCUUCUAAUGUGCCCAUGGAAUCUACCCCAUUUAAAGGGAUGGAGUUUGAAGAAGAUGAAAAUGCAUAUGAUUUUUAUAAUGAAUAUGGCAGAAAGGCUGCACAGGGCCAUGUUGCGCCGCUUAUGAAGUUGUCUCACCAAAUUGCUAAUCAAGGGAUCAAGGUCACAUUUGUUAGCACUGAGUUCAUAAUUGCAAGAUUAACAACUACAAUGCCAGUGAAUAGCCUGAUAAGGCUAGUCUCACUCCCAGAUGGUCUAGAACCUGGGGAUGACCGAACUGAUGCUCUUAAACUGAUAAAUAUUUUUCAAGAAGUUAUGCCAGGUCAUUUCAAGGACUUGAUUGAGAAAAGUAACGAAUCUUAUGAUGAUCAGAUUAGUUGUGUCAUUGCUGGGAUAUCGGUUGUGUGGGCAUUUGAAGACUGA